GCGUCUUGUAAGACACUAGCAGGCUGCAGCUUUUUUUGGCCCGAGGCGUGCAAAAACCACACUCGUUGCGCGUGCUGAGCAACAAGAGUCAACCCACAUCCGUUUGGGUCGCCUGCACCGAAAUCGCGACGCGUUCGGCCUCCUGUCCUGUCAAAAAAGAUGGCUGCUCUCGAUGCAUCAAUGGCGGCUCUCGCGAUCUCACCGUACACAGUGCGCAUUGGCAUAAUGGGCUGUGCGAGCAUCGCACGCAAAAAUGCCAGAGCCAUUAUCAGGAGUGAACGCUGCACGCUAGUCGCAGUCGCGUCGCGCGAGCUGCCAAAGGCGGAUGCUUUCUGCGACGAGCUGAAGCUGGACCGAUCGGUGCGUCGGAUCCAAGGCUACGACGCGCUCCUCGCGGACAAAGGCAUUGAUGCGGUAUACAUCCCGCUGCCAACAAAACUGCACAAGGAGUGGGUUCUGAAAGCGGCAGCGGCCGGCAAACACGUCCUCGUCGAAAAGCCAGUCGGUGUGGACGCGAAUGAAGUGCAGGAGAUGAUCACUGCUUGCCGCACAAACGGCGUCGCGUUCAUGGACGGCACGAUGCUUGUACACCACAAGCGUUCCAAACAAAUUGAUAGGCUCUUCGCCGACACGACGUGGCAGCCGAAACGGGUCACGAGCGCCUUCACUUUCGCGGCUCCGAUUGACUUUUUAGCCGGCGGCAAUAUCCGGACGAACGGCAUGGAUCCCCUGGGCUGUUUAGGGGAUGUCGGCUGGUAUUGUAUCCGGUUCGGCCUGUCCGCGUUUGGAGACAAGCCCGCAUAUGUGCGGGCGCGCGUCUGGGAAGCGACGGACGGCGGAGUGCCUACGGACAUGGACUGCGACGUCUCCUUCUCACGAGGCGACCCGGAGAGUACUGUGCUCAGCCCGCGGCUCCUGACGUUCCACUGCUCGUUCCACCAUCACCUGCGCCAAACGGUGGAGGCUACCAGUAGUGACGGCCGCAUCAUACGCAUGGAUGACUUCGUGAUUCCGAGAAGAGAGGAGGUAUGCGAUUAUGUCAUAGAGGACGUUCCCGAGCGGCCGCAGCUCUCGCACUACGACACGGUCGUGCGGGGCGUCAAGACGACGGUGCCAGUUUUGGACUGCGCACAGGAGGUAGCGAUGUGGGACGCCUUUGCGGCACUGGUGGUCCAAAGAAACCGCACCGCUUACUACGACGUCGCGAUGCUCACGGCGCAUCGCAUCAUGGACGCUCUACAAGAGAGCGGAGCGAAGAAGGGGGCCUGGGUCGAAGUUAAGUAG